GCCUGGGAUCCGCUGCCCCACGGCGCGCCAUCGCCGCGAACGUCCCAGCAGCAUGGACCGCGUCCUCGCCUGCUUCGCGACGACGGCCGAGGACGUCGCCGCCAUGGUCUGCGGCAGCUUUAGUCACAUGGUCCCCCAGGCCUCGGAGCGCUGGCAGCGGCCGGCCGUGAAGGCACUCGUGCGCACGAUCCACCAGGAGUUGUGCGACCCGGAGCUCCUGGGGCGGCUGGCCCCGGUCUGCAAGGAACUCGGGACGGCGGCCGUCGACGAGGCGACGCGGAUGCUAGCAGGCAUCGACCUGCCCGUCGUCGAGGUCAUGCCGGAAGAACGCGUCCUCACGGACCGGAGCCACCGGCCGAAACCAUCCCAGAAACGGCCGCGGGGCCUCUUUCCGCGGGUAGCCUGCCUGCGCGUCCUCGAGGGGGUUCGGAUACGAUGUGACGUGAAUGAGCUUUCAGAAAGACUCCGGGCGCUGGGCGCGGCGCUGGUGGCGGGGGACCCGGACCUCGUCGUUUCGCGUGAUGAAGCGCCUUCAACAGAGUGGGACGACGACGACCGUUUGAUAGGACCCGUCGGCGUCGGGGCCGACAUGCUGCGUUUUUUUGUCUUGGACCCCUGGGUGUCGGAGGAGCGCACGAUCAAAAGCGGCGCCGACCUUUCUGAGGAGGAGGUGCGCGAGCUGGUCGACGGCGGCCGGUCGAGUGCGACCCGGCGCCCGACCUGGACCGCGGAGCACGUCCGGGCCUGGGGGACGGAGGGCGCGCACGGGCUCCCGAACUGGCAGGACUUGACUUUAAGGGUUCACACGCACGUACGGAGCGGUGAUAGGGUUUACGAGUGGAAUUAUGGGCUGGGCGAUAAUGAUUAUGGCUCCUACCACUACGCACCUCAAAAGCUGCCGCGGUCGGCGUCCUUCUACUUCUGCAGGAACAACGAUGGAGAUAGAGGUCGCGUCGAGGCCGACUGGCCCGACGAGUGCGACGAAGCCGCCGUCAAUGCGAUCAUCUGGUGUAUUGAUGCGGAUCUCAAGAAUGUGGAGUGCACGCCGCUCGUGAGGUUUGAAAAUCCCGAGUUCCAGCACUUCGCGCACAAGGUCGGCUCGUGGGAUUGUUUGAGGAAGCGGCGCGCGGCCUGGGCGGCGCGGCUUGAAUUAAUUCGCGCGUGCGAGGUCUCGGAGGACGGGGGCCGCAUGGAGGCCGACGAGUACGGCCCGGCCGCGGCAUUGGUGCGGGGCAUAUCGGUCCAGCACUUCCGGGCGUCGCCCUACUACUGAGUAAGACUAU